AUGGAGUGUCUUUCGGCGGGCAGGCACUCGCUCCGGAGGGCGAAAGUCGUUCCUUUUCACCUAUCACAUUGUCCUCGACCAUCAUCUCUCACAAACCGGCCCCAUGUCUUCCUUUCGACCCCGCGGCGCAAGGGCGCUCAUACCCAGGCCCAACCCGCCGCUCAAGAGAACCAAGACAACAAGGGUUCUGUAAACAUCGCCAAAUCAGACCAGGCAUACCCUUUUUCGGGAUACUAUGCUGUAAUCCUGAACACGCCAUCUCCCUAUCACGGUCGUGCACUCGUUGAGCGCUCAACCGAGGCCCAACCCGAAGCCCAGGCCCAGGCCCAACCCGAGGACAAACCGGCCCCGACAACGCUGGCCGAAGCAAAAACACCGCAAGAGAGGAUGGCAAUUGUCUUCGGUACGCCCCUUGCAGGACCGGGUCGGCAAUCACGUUACAAACCCGGCGAAGCACCACCGGUAGAACAGUGGAAGAGAAUCAACGGCAUCCCGAUCCCGCCUCGCCCCGAAGAACCCGAAAAUUGCUGCAUGAGCGGCUGUGUCAACUGCGUCUGGGACGGAUUCCGCGACGAGAUGGAAGAAUGGGCUGCGACUGUCGCGAAUGCCAAGGCGAAGAGUCCCAGUCCUGGACAAAGCACAUCCGGAUCUGCGGAACCGCCCAGUCUGAGUAUGGAUGAUGACGGCGGGGGCAGCGAGACGAAUUGGCCGGCGCCGAACCAGGGCGAUGACUUGUUCUCUGAUAUUCCUGUCGGGAUUCGCGAGUUCAUGAAGACCGAGAAGAAGUUGAAGGUCAAGCAUGAACAGGAGGCAGCGGCGUAA